AUGACAUUACAUGUAUUACCCAUAAUUGAAAAUGAUUUCAAUAAAACACCUAUUGUUCCAAAUUUCAAAUUUAAUCCUAAUAAAACUUUGAAUGGUCUUUAUCUUAAUGAAAAUUAUCAGUUCGUUAAGAAAAUAGGUGCAGGCACUUAUGGUUUAAUAUAUCUUGUAAGAGAUGUUUUAACUGAUAAGAAAUAUGCUGCGAAAAUAAUCUUAAAGGAACAAGUAGGAACUUUACAUCAAAGAGAUAUUGAAAACUACAAGAAAUUCAUUUGUGAAAAGAUUUAUUAUGAAUUCAUAAAUAAGAGAAUAACUCUCGAAGAGUUAAAUUUAGAUUUAAUAAGAGAUAAUGGAAAUAAUAUAUCAUACUUGAAAGAAUUAUCCAUACAUUUGAAAGUUCAUCAACAUCCUAAUGUUGUAACUAUUCAUAAAGUUUAUAACUUUGAUGUUGGUAUCAUAACAUUAAUGGAUUAUUAUGAACAAGGAGAUUUAUUUAAGAAUAUUGUCGAUAAUCAAAUCUUUGAUGAUAAUGUUUUAAUGAUGAAAAAUUGUAUCUUACAGAUCAUAAAUAUUAUAAAUUAUAUGAAACAAUGCAAUGUUUAUCAUUGUGAUUUAAAACCUGAGAAUAUAAUGGUUAGAUAUAAUUUGAAUUAUCAAAGAAAUGAAAAUGAUGAUAUAAUUAAUUUCAAAGAAUUACAAAUUGGUAUUAUAGAUUUUGGUUUAUCCAUUGAAGAUAGUUUAAUCUGUUGUAAUAGUUGUAGAGGAUCAAGUUUUUACAUGGCACCUGAAAGAAUUGUUAAUUACACUAAGAAUGACUAUAUCCAUUCAAUUAUGGAUUUAAAUGAAUAUAGCAAAAGAGAAGAUGAUUUAAUGUAUUUCCCAACAUUAAAAGGUGAUAUUUGGUCAAUUGGAAUCUUAAUCAUUAAUAUUACUUGUGCAAGAAAUCCUUGGCCAAAUAGUUCAAUUGUACCAAAUAAUAAUGAUGUCUUUCAAACUUACAUUUACAAUAAUAAAUCAAUUUUAAAGAAGAUAUUACCAAUUUCAAUGGAAUUUAAUUCCUUAUUAAAUAAGAUAUUUAAAUUAAAUCCUAAUGAAAGGGUUGAUUUAAAACAAUUAUACAAUGAUAUAAUUAAUGUGGAUUUCUUCCACGAUAGAUUGUUGACUCCUCCUGAGUCCCCAAGAAGUAUAUAA